AUGGCCGCUCCGGCCGCAAACAGCGACUAUGAGCUCCUGACCGAGCACCUGGGCUACCCGCCCGUCGCCCUCAUCGACGACAUCAUCAACACCGUCAACGUCCUCGCCGACCGCGCCCUCGACUCCGUGGAGCGCCUCCUCCUAUGUGUCUGCGCCAUCGACUCCGUGGAGCGCCUCCUCCUGUCCAUCCCCCCACAGAAACUCGGCUUCUCUUCAUCCUCCAUCGGCGGCGGCGGCAAAAAGUCCAAAGACCUGAGAUGCGGGACCGCCGCCGUCUUCGCCGCUGAGAAUGAUAACAACGGCCAGGUGCAGCAGCAGCAGCAGCAGCAGUUGUCCCCCGAAGAGGCCGCCAAGCGCGAAAUCGAAAACGGCACGCACCAGCUCGAGACGCUGCUCAACGCCUCCAUCGACAAGAACUUUGACCUCUUCGAGCUCUACACCAUGCGCAACAUCCUGAGCGUCCGCCCGGACGACCAGCCGUACAUGCGACUCGCCCACUACGACGGCCUCGACUUUAGCGGUGCGGGAACGACCACGAUACAAGAAGGACAAGGAGAACAAGGGCGGCAACAGGGAGGGGUAGACCCGGACCGCCCCACGUCCGAGUCCGUUACCGCCCUCCGACGCAGGCUGCAAGCUAGUCAGCGCCUCCAGGCCGCCCUCGAGGCCGAGCGCGCGCGCAACGACGUCCUCCUGCGGCGGCUGCGCGGCGUGCUGGGCGUGCGCGAUGACGAUGACGACGACGACGCCCCAGUCAAGACGGAGGACGCCGGCGCCGCCCAAGGCGAAGGCGACGACCAAGAACCCGCAUCAUCGUGCGCCCCGCUCAAGUUCCUCAGCGACAAGGGCACGCUCGAGGACGGCGGCACCGACCAGCCCGUCACCACAACGGCCGAGUUUGCGCUCUCCCAGCUGCAGGCCCUGCGCGCGCUGUCGACGUCGCUGCGCACCCUUCUGCCGGACCUGGGCGCGCUGGACGACGACACGGCUGCCGCCGCCGACGCCGACGACAACGACAACGAGGACGAGCAAGCCGCCGUCAAGGGCAGCAAGACGUGGCGCCGCCAGCGCGCAGAGUACAUCGAGGCCUCGUCGCGCAAGUACCUGGAGCGCGCGGGCGGGCUGGAGCUCGGCCCGCGCGGGGAGGUGCGCGACGGGGACUGGCAGGGCCAGGGGCGGGGGCUGGGCAGGGAGGAGGUCGAGGGGCUGGAGAGGGCGGCGGCGGUGCUGGCCUCGGCGUCGGCUUCUGCGGCGGGAGGUGGUGUCGGGGAUGAUGGGGGGCCUUCUGGCUCGACGAGGGGAGGCGAUGAUGCUAUGGACGAGUCGUGA